AUGAGAUGUAACAGCAGUUCCCACCCGUUGGCAAACUUCACUGCAGUGAAUGAGGACUUUUGCCUCACUCAGGAAGAAUACCUGGAAAAGUAUCUCGGCCCACGUCGCUCCUCUGUCUUUAUGCCCAUGUGCGUUGUUUACCUGCUUAUAUUUCUCGUGGGGGCAGUGGGCAAUGUCUUAACUUGCACAGUGAUAGCCCGCAACAAGGUCAUGCGGACACCCACUAAUUACUACCUGUUCAGCCUUGCGGUGUCGGACCUACUGGUGCUGAUGCUGGGAAUGCCUCUUGAGUUGUAUGAGAUGUGGAGUAACUACCCCUUUGUGUUUGGUGAGGGUGGCUGCUACUUCAAGACGUUCCUCUUCGAAACGGUGUGCUUCGCCUCUAUUCUUAUCGUGACGUCCCUCAGUGUAGAACGCUACAUAGCCGUGAUCUACCCUCUCAAGGCCAAGUUUGUGGUGACCAGAACCCAUGCCAAGAGGGUUAUCCUGGCCAUGUGGAUCAUCUCAGUGCUGUGCGCUAUACCCAACACCAGCCUGCAUGGCAUAGUCUCUCUGCCAUCUGCCACGGGUCAGGAAAUCCCAGAGUCGGCUAUCUGCAUGCUGGUAAAGCCACGCUGGAUGUAUAACGUCAUCAUCCAGAUCACCACGCUGCUCUUCUUUCUGCUGCCGAUGUUCACCAUCAGCUGGCUGUACCUGCUCAUUGGGCUGCAGCUGAAGCGGGAGAAGAUUCAGCAGGUGCUGAAAGGCCAGUCCGCCCACGACCAAGAUGGCUGCUGCAACUCUCACAGCCAGCAGCAGAAAGUGCGCCACCGGCAGGUCACUAAAAUGCUUUUUGUGUUAGUCAUAGUGUUUGGGAUCUGCUGGGCGCCCUUCCACACCGACCGUCUGAUGUGGAGUUUUAUCAGCCACUGGACCAGCGAACACCUGGUGAUGUUCCAGUACGUCCACAUCAUCUCCGGCGUCUUCUUCUACCUCAGUUCUGCCGCCAACCCCAUCCUGUACAACCUCAUGUCCACCCGCUUCCGGGAUGUGUUCAGGGAGGUGAUGUGCCGUCGCACUCGGCACCCGGUGGCCAGAAAGCACUCCUUAAGCGUGACCAGAGUGACCCUGCGCAGCACCAUAUGCGAACUCCCAUCCACCAAUGGCGUACCCAUCACAGAGGGAGAGGACUGCAACAUUUUCUUGGAUGGAAUCCUGAAUAAUGAGGCCACUACUUUAACAUAA